AAUCAGAAGGGAGGAGGGAUUUCCAGCCCCUGACGCUAUUUUUGCUCAGUUGGAGCUUAAACUUUGCCACGCAGUAGAAAGAGGGUUCAGGGCAGAGAGAUCUCAGGGAAAAGGUGCCCCGAGUUCUACAAAGGAACAUUUCAGCUAAAACCCACUUGGCCACAGCACCCUGAAGGAAGCAAGGUUGCCAACAGCCAGGCUAUGGCCUCUCUCAGUCUAGACAGCAUGGAGCUCCUGGACCUUCUCUUUGACAGGCAGGACGGAGUCCUUCGCAGCGUGGAGCUUGGGUCCUCGACAGCCACUUGGACAGGACGAGAGGGCAGUCAAGAAAAUGAGGAUUUCCUGACUUCCAUCUUGGGCCCUGCAGACCCCAGCCUGGACUCCCCGAGCUGGUCUCCCGCUGCCAGCGAUAGUGGCCUUUCAGAGGAUCCAAACUCUGACCAGCUGGACAGUCCUCCGCACUACGUUCCAACAGGAAGCCCGGGGGGCUACUCCGAUGGAGGGCAUAGUGAUCUGUCUUACACCAAUUACCAGGACUCUUGCCCAGCCAUGUCUGUCCUGAAAAUGCCAGUGGAGAACUUGCGAGAGGCAGAGGUGUCUAUAGACUUUGAUAUUUGGGAAGCAGGCUUUUACCCAGAAAAGCAGGAACUGGCUGCUCCUCACUUGAACUCACCUUCUUGCACCUUGACUGUGAAGGAUCUUUUGCUGUCGAACAACUGUGACACGCAUCCACAGGCAAUGACCCCAUCCUUGAUGAGGCAAAACCCUGGAAGUUGCCAGGAACUUGUCUUAACAGAGGAUGAGAAGAAAUUGCUGACCAAAGAAGGUGUGACACUGCCCACUCAGCUGCCCCUCACGAAGUAUGAAGAAAGGGUACUUAAGAAGAUCCGCAGAAAGAUCCGGAACAAGCAGUCAGCGCAGGAAAGUCGGAAGAAGAAGAAAGAAUAUAUUGAUGGUCUGGAGUCCCGGAUGUCAGCCUGUACGGCUCAGAACCAGGAGCUACAAAGGAAAGUUGUUCAUUUGGAGAAACAGAACUUGUCCCUUCUCCAGCAGCUGAAGAAACUUCAAGCUUUGGUGAUUCAGUCCAGCAGCAAGGCAGCUCAGACUGGCACUUGUGUUACGGUCCUCCUGCUCUCCUUUGCACUGAUUGUUUUCCCGUCCAUCAGCCCUUUUGCUCGCAACAAAGGCGAGAUGGAAGGCGACUUCAUGCCUGUGAGAGUUUUUUCCAGGUCCCUCCACAAUGAUGCUUCCUCCCGAGUUGUCUCCUCCCUGGCAAAGGAUGUCAAUCUUCGGGCCAAGGAGCCAGAGAAGCCUCUGUGGACUGAAUUUGCCGAUGAAGGACAGAAUAGGCGUGAGAAAGAAACCCUGGGCAAUUUCAUCAGAAGCCAUCUGCUUUCCAGGCCCCAAAAGAUAGAAGAGGCUGCCUUGGAGAACGGCACGGAAUCCUUCUCAGAGGGGGUGCACCUGGCCUUGGAAGGACUUGGGCAUGACAACCACAUCCACAGGCCUGGCUUGGCAUCAGUGGCGUGGACAGAGUCCGGUCAACCCAGCAAGAGGGUCUUGGAACAGGUUGAAGAGCUGUGACUGUUCCUUCCUGCUGCCUUCCUCUGUAUGACAUUCUGGGACAUAAUAGGGGUGGUGAUAGGGAUACUUGGGCAUAUGCGAAGAAAACUGCUCCUCUCCCUCUGAGCAAGGAGGAAAUGGCUUGGGUAGGAGGCUGUGGUAUGUAAGAGAGAAAGAGAUGGCGUCGUGAGAGGUUCCCCCUUCUCUUUUGGGCCUCUCAGUUGUCGGCGCAGGAACAACCCAGACACACAAGUUCUUUUUUCUUGGAUUUCUUCCCAUCUUCUGUUUUUAAGACAUGGGGAGUGCUCCCUGGAGCCUGACAGUGAGGUGAGGGGACCUGUUGUGAGGGUGACUGUCAAAGUCAAAACCAAAGCACAAGACCAUUCAGUGCUUGCUAGGGUUGCCAAUCCCCAGGUGGCGGCACGGGAUCUGCUGGUUUGGAAGCCCUCCCCCCCACUUCAGAGUUCUCAGAAAGCAAGGUGGGGAGGAAAAUGUCUGCUGGGCACUCCAUUAUACCAUAUGGAGAUCAGUUCCCAUGGGGUAUAAUGGAAACUUGAUAUGUGGGUAUCUGGGGCUCUGGGGGGGGAGCUAUUUUUGAGGUAUCAGCACCAAAUUUUCAGCAUAGCAUCUGGUGCCUCUCCUCAAAAAAA